AGGAUGAGAAGGUAAGACUUUGUGCGCGUUUCUAUUUUAUUUUUUUUAGUUGAAAGAGGAAAAUGGGAGAAGAAUCGAAGAAGAAGGAAUGGUCUCUUAAAGGAAUGACAGCUCUGGUCACUGGCGGAACCAAAGGAAUAGGCCAUGCUAUAGUAGAGGAACUGGCCCAAUUUGGAGCGUCCGUACAUACCUGUGGUCGUGACAAAGCUGGGCUUGAUCAGUGCUUGCAUGAAUGGAAAGAAUCAGGUUUCAACGUGACAGGUUCAGUUUGCGAUGUUUCGGUACGUGUGGCACGUGAGAAGCUUAUGGAGGAAGUCUCCUCGCUCUUCCAAGGGAAGCUCAACAUCUUUGUAAGCAAUGCUGGGAUACUCCCCGGUGAACGGACGUUAGAGGUUACUGCUGAAGAAUAUUCAAAUCUAAUGGCUACAAACUUCGAAUCUGCAUACCAUUUAAGCCAACUAGCUCACCCUUUGUUAAAAGCAUCAGGACAGGGAAGCAUUGUAUUCAUAUCCUCCGUUGCGGGUUUGGUAGCUACAUCUGUGGGGAUCAUUUAUUCAGCUACUAAAGGAGCAUUGAAUCAACUCACGAAGAAUUUGGCAUGUGAGUGGGCGAAAGACAACAUUCGGACAAAUUGUGUUGCACCAUUCCUUACAAAAACUGCCAUGGUGGAUCCGAUUCUUGCAAACAAGGAAAUAACAGAAGAACUGAUCUCCCGAUCUCCCCUUGGUCGCAUUGUAGAGCUAAGGGAGGUUUCACCAUUGGUGGCAUUCCUUUGCUUGCCCGUUGCAUCAUACAUUACUGGACAAGUCAUAGCUAUUGAUGGAGGAUUCACCAUUAAUGGGUUUUACCCUUCAAAAGACUAAUAUGGGAACUGCAGUAAUCGAGGCAAAUGAUAAUGAAUUUACAAUCCGUUUGGAAUAAGCUGCGUAGGCACUAUCUAUGUUACUUGGUAAAUUCGAGAGGCAUUGUAAUAAGCACACGUAUAGUACACAUAUGCUCCUGGUAUUUAUUGUCUUGGUGACCAUUUGAUAUCUGAAGGCUUCAUGAACGACAUCAAGAUAAAAAUUCAGAAGA